AUGGGUAGCCAAAGCCGGGAUAACCAGGGUAGCCGCCUCGGCCCGCGUAGCUGGCGUACGCCGCUGGAAAGCCUGUGUCCAAUGGCGGUGAUGGGGGGCGCACCGGGAGUAUUGGGAGAGGGAGAGAGAGAAAGUGUCCGGGCGCUCAAUGAGUCGCACCAGUAUUUGAUGAAUUACUUCCCCCCUAAAGCCGGUGAUGCGGACAUUAGUCUAACCGUUAGGGUUGAAUGCAAAAAAGCUCAGCCCAAAGAAGUGAUGAUGCCUAACAACGUCGGCAGAGGCCGGGGAGCUGGUAGGGGUGCUUAUGGCUUUCCAGCGGCGUACGCCAGCUACGCGGGCCGAGGCGGCUACCCUGGUUAUCCCGGCUUUGGCUACCCAUUUGCAGGUAUGAAUUUGAAUCAUAUACAAGGCAUCUGCAUACCACUGGACCAAACCUCACUACUCAACAGCCAUAUGCAUGCUCUACAGCAGCUCUGACUAUACGCUACACACAAUACCAUUUAUAUAAUCAUAAUCGAGCUAGUGAUUAUUAUGAUCAUGAUCAUUUUGACAAGUUUUUUUUCCAUUAAAUAUUAUUAUCUCCGAGC